CCCCACCAGCCAGCAGGACAAGUUGCUACGGAAACGGCUGCAUGGCAACGGGCUCCGAGCCUGGGGUCCGUCUGCUGCUGCUGCUGCUGCUGCCUGCGCUUCUGCCUCCUCCUCCUCCUCCUCCGCCGCCGCCGCCGCGUUGCUGGCUGCCUCCUCAUUCUCGGGCGCGCUUCCCUCCUCGCUAGAUGGUGUGCGAGGCACCCGAGACCAGACACGCUCCGGACGCGGCGAGAAGCGGCUCGAGGAGGCAGCAGCAGCAGCAGGGAAGGCACGCCGGGAAGGAAGGAAGGAGGCAGGCAGGCAGGCUCGGGCGGGAGGGUGGCCGCAGAGGAGGCGAGAGCAGCAGCAGCAGCAGCAGCAGGAGGAGGAGGAAAGAGAAGGAGAAGCAGCCAGGCGUCGGAUCUAUCCUACCCCGCGCGCCUUUGGCCCCUGGAACCCCACAGGAAAGAGGAGGAGGAGGAGGAGCACGAGAGCCACCGCCGCCCUUGUCGUCGUCGUCGCCGCCGCGAGGAGCCGGAGCGGAGCCGCGUCGGGCAGGCAUGGACAUGAUGCUCCUGGUCCAGGGCGCUUGUUGCUCCAACCAGUGGCUGGCCGCCUUGCUGCUCAGCCUCUGCUGCCUGCUGCCCUCCUGCCUCCCCGCCGGGCAGAGCGUGGACUUUCCCGGGACCGCCGUGGACAGCCUGGUGGUCAGGAAGGGGGACACGGCUGUGCUCAGGUGUUACUUGGAAGAUGGUGCUUCAAAAGGGGCCUGGCUGAACCGAUCAAGUAUUAUUUUUGCAGGAGGAGACAAGUGGUCAGUAGAUCCUCGAGUUUCAAUUGCAACAGCAAAUAAAAGGGAAUACAGCCUCCAGAUACAAGAUGUGGAUGUGUCAGAUGAUGGUCCAUAUACGUGUUCAGUGCAGACCCAACACACACCCAGAACAAUGCAGGUGUACUUGACAGUAAAAGUUUCUCCAAAGAUAAGUCAUAUCUCAAACGACAUUGUGGUGAAUGAAGGGAGCAACGUUACACUGGCUUGCUUGGCUACAGGAAAACCAGACCCUUCCAUCUCAUGGAGGCAUAUCUCUCCGUCGGCAAAACCAUUUGAAAAUGGACAGUAUCUGGACAUCUAUGGAAUUACACGAGACCAAGCUGGGGAAUAUGAAUGCAGUGCUGAAAAUGAUGUCUCAGUCCCAGAUGUGAAAAAAGUAAAAGUCACAGUAAACUUUUCGCCAACUAUUCAGGAAAUAAAAUCCAGUGGAGUGACGCUUGGAGGGCCUGGAUUCAUACGAUGUGAAAGUGCAGGUGUUCCUUCCCCAGCUUUUGAAUGGUACAAAGGAGAAAGAAGACUGAUCAAUGGACAACAAGGGAUUACUAUUAAAAGCUUUAGUUCAAGAUCAUUUUUAAAUUUCAACAAUGUGACAGAGGAGCAUUUCGGCAACUAUACGUGUGUUGCUGCCAACAAACUAGGCACAACUAAUGCCAGCCUGCUUCUUAACCAAAUUAUUGAGUCAACUACUACUAGUCCUGUCUCAAGCCCAGCUCCAAGUACGACCCAGCUUGGGAUCACCGGAGGUGCUGAAGUUCUAUUGUCCUGCUGGUACCUUGUCUUGACACUGUCCUCUUACACCAGCAUAAUGUACCUGAAGAACAUCAUUCUACAAUAAAUGUAAAGAACCAUGGAAAGCUUUUAAGGAUUCUUUGAAAGUGCUGAUGACUGGAUCCAAUCUGGUAGAGUUUGUUAAAAAGCAGCGUGGGAUAUAAUCAGCAGUGCUUAUAUGGGGAUGAUCGCCUUCUGUAGAAUUGCUCAUUAUGUAAAUACUUUAAUUCUACUCUCUUUUUUAUUAGCUGCAUUACCUUGUGAGGAAGUACACAUUGUCCUUUUUCAUUUUAUUUCUUUUUCUUUUUUGUUUCUUUAUUUUUUACAAAAAAGACGUGAAAACUCUGAAAUUACUUUUAGAGGAUAUUAAUUGUGAGUUCAUGUUUGUAAUCUAUAACUUUUCAAAAGCAUUCAGUCAUGGUCUGCUGAUUUUGCAGACCGUAGUUUACAUUAAAAAGAACCCAAAUAUUGCAGUUUAAAAAAGUGAUCUUUAAGGCUGCAAUACAAGCAUUCAUUUCCCUCUUUAAAUAAGAUUCUAUCUCCAUUGAUAUAGAAUCCUUUUUUAAAUGAAAAAAAUCCUAAAUGAUAUUGCCUUGGAUUCAUUUCUUCAAAAAUAGAAAACAAAUCUAGAUUUUAUUCUAGCAUGAGACUCAGAUUUCAAGAAUGAGCUUUGUAAUAUAACUGCACUGUGCAGUUAUGCUAUGAUUUUGAUUUCUUUGUCAGUUCAGCAUGGGUGUGCCUUCAUAAGAUACUGCUUUUCUCUUCCUCUCAGUCAAAUGGGAGAUAUAUAAAUAUAUAUAUAUAUUUUGGUAGAUGCUACGCUCAAGGAUGUCAAUCUCUUCUUAAGGACAAAGGUGCUAUUGGUUGUAAAAUGAAUGCCACCAGUGGGAUAAAGGGACACUUGCAAACACUGAGCACAGCAGACAGAGUUAAUAGAUGGAACUUACAACAUGUAUUUGAAAUCUGUACAAACAGCAGGUAUCUCUCAGAGACUUAUUUGUGAAUGUAACAUUUCCUGGGUUCAGAAGUUCAGAAUUUUAAAAAAGGAUGCACAGAAAGUGACCAUCCCUUUAUUAUUUUUCAUAAUUAGUGAUGCAGUAUGGUUCUUCCUGUUGAAUUUAUCCUGUAUUAAGGUGAUUCAUGUAUAGAUCAUAGUGCUUAGUCAUGAAAAACCUGUUUAAAGGGUCUUUUUAUCAUAUACAAGCAGAUCUUUGGAUUUUGUUAGCAUACUAAUACUGUUUCAAAGUUUUCCCAAAAGUCAGUGUUCAUGGACAUUAAACCAGUGUUUCCUCUCCAACACAGAUGUGGUUGAAAAACUUUCUCACAUGCCUUCUGUGGCUCAAUAAUAUAUGUGAGUCCUAUUUCCACCUGUUAAUGUGGAGAAGGAUCUGUAAAUGUGUUGUAGCAUUAUGAUGCCACACAAUGUGGGAAAUAUAUUAUGGAAAAUCUAUUACUCUAGAAAAGGAAAGACUGACUUCAUAUAGAGCAUUACUUCUUAAACUAUUUGAUGUAAUUUGUUGUGCCACCAAAACCAUAUUUGUGUCAAUCAGCUACAACUGUUUCUGAUGUUAUUGGAAACUCUCCAGCUACUGCUACCAGAUGGUUUAGGGACCAGCACUGGUUCAUGGACCACCACUGUAGAACACAGACUAGGAUAUGACUUCUCUUCUGUCUUCAUUAUGAUAGUAUGAUAGGUUGUUAAAUUUCUGUUCCUAGUAUAGCAUAACCAUUGCAUUUCCUGCUCAACAAGUCAUGUUUCAGGUUCCAUAUCCUGCAAGUCCUGCUUCAGUGCACAUGGACAACCUUAGUAAACCCAACCUAAUUAGCAGCAUAUCUUUAAAUGAUUAUAAAAAUGAUGUCUCAGAGAAGAAAUGGGAGGAAAAUAAUGUGAAAAUUGGUAGCAUCAUACUCAUAGGCACAACAUAUCACCCACAAAUGACAAAAGUUAAAACUAGCACCUGAAAAAUGGAAGACAUCUAUAACAUUCCUUACAAAUGUUACUGUAGUAUGAAUUAAGGAAAUACUAAAGAGUUUCAUUUGAAUUUAUUCUGGUUCUGUCACAAGUAGGGAGAAAUUGCUCUUUGCUGCUUGACUGAGGACAUAUGUAUUUGUUUUGUGUUCAGGAUGAGUGAUAACAGCUUGUCUCUUUAAUUGCACUUGUUAUGGUUUGCACGGCAAAGUGCAUUAGAGCAAACUAGUGAGAAUAUAAAGUAAGCUGUUGUAUCUCAGAAUGAGUUUGUGUAGAUGUCAUGGUCUCAAAAGCAAAGGGCAAUUUAGUUAUAUCUCAGCUAGACAUAGAAGAGGCCGCAAUGGUGUAAUUCAAGUACAUUAAGCUGUGAUUUUCAAAUAAAGACAUGCAUUGUAUUGAACAGUUACAUCACCAGUCAUUAAACCCAAAACAAGUGGGAUGAAAGUGAAGGUUAAGAUGUGCAUAAUAAAAAUACUUGGGCAUUUUGCAAUGCCGCCACAAAAUAUUCAGUUCCACACACACUUCAGUAGAGCUUGUUCCCUACUUGUUGUCUAGAAUCAACAUAAUCAGUUCACAUACACUUUUACAUUAUAAACAUCUUUAGCUCCUUAAUUCCAUUCUCCACAGUAACAUGCCAAGAGUAGAUUAUGAAGGAUAUCCAGUUUAACAAGAGUUAGGAACUGCUAUGUAGAUCCUACUGGAUGGCAGUAAAAUAUCAUUGAAUCAUGCUAGGUUUUGUUCAUUAAUAAAAUGUUUUCUUUUCAUAUCUAUGUUAUAAAACUGUUGACAUUGCAUGGAUGGCAUUUUUUGGGGGGAAACCCCAAAAAUAUUUGAUUGAUCUGAUAUGAUAUGCUGAUCUUUGGUAUGUCUGAGUGUUCAGAUUUCCAGAGGUAGCAGGAAGUAACUUCCAGUGGGUGUUUUAUAUGCUUUUUUGCUUGGUGGACUGUUGGGGGUGGAUUAAACAAUGUCUGGUAGUUGUUUCAUCUGCCCCCUAUAGAGUUUUACCAAAAUGCACAGAGAGCAAGAAAUGUAAGAGCCUCGCACAUCCUGUUGACCUUGCAAUUUUGAAUGUCUACGGCUACUCUCUGUUCCCCCUUGUAUUGCAGCUUUAAAGUUAUAGAAUACAUCCAACAGACUGAACGAGUAGUGCUGCAGAAAGUAGUAUCUCUGUCAGUACUCAACAACAUCUCAGAGAGAGAGAGUACCUACCAUUGCUUUCCCCAUGCACAAAGAGCUUUUAAUAUCUUUGCUCACCCCAACUCUGUAGUCAAGCUAACAGUGUUCAUAAUUCUUCCCCAGCACAUGCAGUCUGAUGACUCCUGCAGCAAAACAGGGUGAUAUUUUAUUUUUUAUUAAAUACCUGUGAUGAAAGGAUUAGUAAAGUUUGUGUGUGUGUGGAAUUUUCUUCCACAAUUGCAGUUGAAACACAUUAGCCCCAUGCCUAGCCCAGCUUCUGAAUUUCUCCUGGGUGUGAUUUCUGUUUUGGUUUUUAAAAAUACAUCUCCCUGCUCAUUCAAGAGGAUGAUUGUAUGAAUAAAGCGAGGACUCAGUCCUAUAGGUAUUUACUGUGAUAUUGGGAAUGUCUCAGUACAUGCUUAGCCCCACAAAGGCUCUUUUUUAAAAAGUCAGCAAAGAGCCUAAUCCUUCCAAGACAGACACGUGUAUACUGUUUUGCACAAAGUAGUCCCAUAAUUAUGUCAUAAAGAAUAGCAUGUGUCUAUGUGCUUAUAGGAUAACUCUCAAACAAAAAAUAUUCUUAAUUCUUUGGUAAACCUUUUCUAUACAAUCAUUGUACAAUUUGGGAUUUAUUGAGAUUUGAUGUGGAUUGUGUUGGUUGUUGCAAAUUAUAAUAACAAUUUACAAAGUUUAUUAGUCCUUAAACUGUGAGGUAUGUUUGCUUUCUUUUAUUUCUUACAUGAUAAUCUGUGCUCAUCUAGUUGAUAUCAUUGCUGUUCACGUUUUUAAACAACCACAAUUAUAUUUCUCCCAGUCAUGGAAAAAUAUGAAAAAUAAAUGGAUUAGCUCCAAGUGGUACAAUGGAGGAGUUAUUACGCAUAAAUUGUCCAGUGUUGAAUAGUUAAAUUGUGGUAAUCUGUUUGAUAAAUCAGGACACUUAACUACAAUUGUGUUGUUGCCAGGUUAACAUAUAGAGGAAAAAAGGUUGCAAUUACUGUGUUGUAGAUAGUGAUGCUGGUUGAAGGUAGAGAUGUCUCAAUAUGGCGAAUAUGAAUGGUGGGGUUUUUUUUUUAAAAAAAAAAGAUUAACUGGGAAAUUAGCUAUUCAAAAUUAAAAUGAAGUAUAGUUUCGAUGUUCAUCUCUAUUCUUCAAGGCUGUGCUUUAUUUUUAACUACAGAAGUCUUGAAGUCACCACUACUAAAAGCUGGGGAAGUUUUGCUUUUGGUAUUUUGCACAUUUUCAGAAUCAAUGCUCAACAUUAUGCUGACCAAAACAUCCAUCUCCCCAUACAACUGUGUGCACUUAAGAAUGUGUAUACCAAAAUAUGUAUUUACAUGGAUAAAUGAUAUGCCUUAAAGCCUCAGUAUGCACUUACUUUCAGUCUGAGGAAAAUAGUCCAUAUGUCAUAAUAUUUUUGGGUGGGGAGACUCAUUCUCCACCCCCAAAAUGGUAUUUAACACAUCAAAGUAUUAUUUCACCAAGUAGACUGUGUCAGAAAUUCAAAGCCAUGGUGGAACUCUAUGGUGAGAGUCCAGGUGGGAGUACUCAUCUUUUGUACAGUGAUGACUAAUGUUCCCAUCCAAAUCCAUUUCAAUCUGUUGGUUUUCUGCCAUUUGUUUAAGUGCAUCUGGAAGUUAUGAUAAACCUGAAUAAAACUUUCACCUUUAA